CUCUCUCUUCCUGUCUCUCUCUGACAUGCCUGCAGCGUGACAACAAACUGGUUUGUCAGGUGAAGAAACAGUAACUUUGAUCGAGUCCCACCGGAGAGAGGAGCGGCACAGAGAGGGCAGAGUCCCGGGGACAUGAGGAGCUCAAAGUCUAACCCAGGAGGACUCUGAGGAGAGAUCCGCAGCCGGGAUGGCCCGGCGCUCUCAGUGUUCCUCUGCAGGGGACAACCCUCUGGAUCCGAACUACCUCCCGCCUCACUACAGAGAGGAGUACCGUUUGGGAGUAGAUGCCCUGGUGGAAGAAGACCUGGAUGGGUACUAUCAAUUCCUCCAGAAGGCGGACGUGGUGGACUUCCUGUCCUCGGCAGAGAUAGAGUAUAUUCAGGGGUCGGUUCGACUCCCUCAGCACAGAGAUCAACCUGAACACUGUUACCAGGAGGGGGGCGAUGAUGGAUCAUCGGAUACGUACUGGCCCCUCCACUCGGACCUGGACGCCCCAGGUCUGGACCUGGGCUGGCCUCAGAUCCAUCACUUUAUCGGACCCACUGAGGUCACAACCCUGGUCAACCCUCCCGAAACCAACAUGCCGAGCAUCAAAGAGCAGGCGAGGAGGCUCAUCAAGAACGCCCAUCAGGUGAUUGCCAUAGCGAUGGACAUGUUUACUGAUGUCGACAUAUUUGCGGAUGUCGUCGGCGCUGCGAUGAGGAACGUUGCUGUUUACAUCCUGUUAGACAAAGAGAACGUCCAUCACUUCGUCAACAUGGUGACCAACUGCAGAGUCGACCUGCAGAACCUCCAGUUUCUGCGUGUGAGGACGGUCUCCGGGAUCACGUAUCACUGCCGCUCUGGGAAAUCCUUCAAAGGUCAGAUGAUGGAUCGCUUCCUGCUGACGGACUGCAGGGCGGUGCUGAGUGGAAACUACAGCUUCAUGUGGUCGUAUGAAAAACUCCACCGCUGCAUGGCUCACCUGUUCCUGGGACAGCUGGUCUCCACCUUCGAUGAAGAGUUUCGUAUUCUGUUUGCUCAGUCGGAGCCGCUGGUGCUGGACAACGUGAACCCUCCGAUGGACGACUUUAACCCUUUACAGAAGAGGAAACCUCUGCUCUACAGAGAGCCUCGGAAGUUCCUCUCACUGGACACGCCUCACCCAGACGACUGGGCGAAGCGUUCCCACGAUGACCGGACAGAUCUGGAUUGGAGGAUGGCGCCUCUUAAAAGACAGGAAGCCCCGUACGGCUCGGGGGAUGUGUACGGCAGGUCACGCAUGGAUCCAUCUUUUGAUCAGAGCGCCUCAAGAAAGCAAAUGAUGGAAAACCCUGCUUUCAAACGCCACAGUUACGCUGAAGGGGGUCAUGGUCGGUACUCAUACCCGUUCAUGCAGCCACAGGGGGCGCCAGAGCCUGAGAGCCAGGGGCAUCCGUUUCACAGGGGACAGCAGCCUUAUCCAGGACCAGGGAGGGACGCAGAUUACGGCCAUGACAGAUUCUGUGGCCAAGACUUUCGUUCAUCUGAUCAAUACUCUGAUCCUGGUUUACCACCAGACCUAGAUACUCAUGAGAACUUUGACCCUGUUCUCAACUUUUUAUCAUCUACCAGAAACUUUGACCAGGGUUCAGAGAAAAUCCCCCCUGGAGUAGAUUCCCCGUUUGGCUCACAGCCCAGGAGACAGAGCUUAGGCCAACCGUAUGUCUGCCAAACAUCCCCGACCCCUUCAAACCAGAGCGAUCAGAAACACUUCCUCUUAGAGACCAACCCGGACCGAAAGGACCCCACGGUGAAACGAGGGCUGAGAAAGUGGAGGAUCAGCUCGUUCCUCAGUGCGCACGAUAAUCCAGACGACGACGGGCUGCCUUCAACGCCACCUAACGCACCAGAUCCUUUUGAGGAUCAGUCCAACCCCAUUCAACAAACAGCACCAGGACCAGAUGUACGGGUCGCUAAAAUCCCUAAUGUCAGAGAGUUUAAGAUUCCUGCCAUGCCCAGGGCGAGUCAGAUGCAGAGUUACACCAAAACCUCAGCCAGAGAGCCGCCAAAGAAACCUGCGGAAGACCCCACUCCAGAACCCAAAUCAACCCGGUCCCCUUCAGAGUCAUCGUCCACGACUGAAGGGGAAAAGAUGGAGGAGGCAGAGCCAAAGGAACCCAAAGCCCUUCAAAGGGAGGAGUCAUUCCGCAGGAAGUACAACGCAACGGUCCAGAGGACCUCCAGGUUAAGGUCGUCUCUGAUCUUCAGCUCUCUGGAUCAGCAGAACCCUGCUCAAGAUCCAAAAACUGCUCCAGGCCAACAGGACGAAGACGGUGACAAGACUGAGUCCGAGCAGAAGAAAGUUCCCUACAUGUCUCAGAUGUUUGGUCAAAGGAGGACUACUCCCAGAGAGCCUAUUGAAUGGAGCCGUUAUGUGAAGUCCUCUUUAGACAGCGCGGCCACAGACUCAACCAAAGCGGACCAGGAAGACUCGGAGAAGGACAAACCGUCAAAGGAUCCUUCAGAUAAGGGUGCAGAGGCUAAAACUGAUCAACCAGUACCACCAACACAACCAGAACAACAGCCCCAACCUUUCCCCUCUGAUCCUCUUCAGGUAGAUAUGAACGAUCCGGAUAUGAGGCUCAUGUUUUUCAAAGAGAUGGCAGCAAAGCGCAGAGCGGCGAAGGCUGCAGAGGCUGAAAAGAACAAAGACAAGGUGGCUGCAAAUUCCCAAACUGUGAAAGAGGAGGGAGACGUACCAAAGGACACCUCAGAGACUACGACUGAUACUUCAACGCCCCAUCCUUCAUCUGGGAAAAAGGCUGCUGCAGAGGAUGCUGGGAAAAAAGAGGCGACAGAAUCACCAAAGUGUGUGAGCCAAGGUUUAGAUCCUCAAGAUCAGACCCAUCUCAAAAAACCCCAGAGCUCUGAAGACAAAGGAAGCCAAGUUCCAACUGACUCAGAGCAGAACAAGUUGAAGAGCAGCCAAUCAGGAGCAAGUCUGCAUGCCUCUGCAGGAACAGCAUCACCUGAGGGCGAAGCACCAGAAGAACCAGCGCUGUCAAGUCCUGCUGAGACUCAGAGGAGCCCCACUCAUCCACCCACACCAACCAGGGCUGCACCUUUUAGAGCUCUGAGUACUGAAGUCCCCAAAAGCCCACACCUGGAUUCUACCUCUCAGGAUCCCCGUCCACUCUCUCUCUCAGUGGAGACCCCGUCACCCUCAAACUCAACCCAAACGACCAGGAGUGACUCUCUCUCAGCUCACACACUUCCUGGUUCCUCGUUAACGCCAUCGAACGCCGCUUCAGCUGUUUCCUCUCCGCAUGAUCAGUCCGACGCGAAGACCAACUCUGAGGAACCCUCCAACGUUGCCCAAUCAGGAGCAAGCUUCAGCCGGCGUCCUGAAACUCUCCACAUCAGCCCACCUUUGUCUGAUCCCUGUUUACCUCAUGUUCCUGACCCAAAGAGUAAAUCCAGUCCAUCCAGCAGCCCAGCAGAUCCUCCCAAAACCUCCCCGUCACAAACACCUGAAUCUCCUGAUUCUUCAAACCAAGUAACCCCUCCCUCUGAACUUCCCCUGACACCUUUACAUCCAGCUGAAACAGGAUCCGGUUCUCCCCCUGAGACUGAAACGGUUUUAUCCCCUGAGGCGGACCAAACUCAAACCCCUUCUGAUCAUUCCUCUACAACAGAUCCAAACAAAACCACAACGCUGCCAUCUGAAGAAACUCUGACACUGACUGAGCCUGAAACUGACCCUUCAGACUCACCUGUACCUGCUGAAAACACCCACACGGACCCCCACACUGAAGUCAGCACAGAGUCUGAACUACCUGAAGGUGAUAAGGUCUCAAGCAACGGAGAUCAAACCACAGAGAAAACAGACGAACCUCCGUCUCCUCAGUCCAAGAAAUCCGCACAGUCUCGAUACCACUCGUCGACCGCCAACGUUCUCUCGAGCAGCAACCUGAGGGACGACACCAAGCUGCUCCUGGAGCAGAUAUCCGCCAACAGCCAGAACAGAAACGAGGCGACCAAAGAGCCCGCAGUCACGGACGACGAGAAGGAAGAUGAGGCGGACAAAAACGCAAAGAGGGACAAAGACAGAGGAAUCCGGCUCGGGCGAGCACCGCCAAAGUCCGACGAGGAGCGGGACAAACUGCUGGAGAGGAUUCAGAGCAUGAGGAAGGAGAGACGGGUUUACAGCAGGUUUGAGAUGGCUCCGUGACGAGGACAGGAAGCUGAGAGGAAGAGGAGUGAUGAGGACAGGAAGCUGAGAGGAGGACGAGUGAUGAGGAUGUGAAGCUGAGAGGAGGACGAGUGAUGAGGACAGGAAGCUGAGAGGAGGACGAGUGAUGAGGACGGGAAGCUGAGAGGAGGACGAGUGAUGAUCCUGAUCCCUUUUAAUAACUGUGUUUGAUAUAAACCAGUUCAAACCUGAUGUCCCAGUAAGGUGUACUGGUUUCACUGUGAGAGGAAACACUCAGACAGAUCAAACAUGGUUUACUGACUGCAGAGGGAACGUGCAAUGUUUGAAUCUUCAAGAAUAAUCCAUCUGAGUGUCACGAACACUGACGAUAUAUUUUCAUUUUACAGAUUAAACCAAGAUGUUUGAUAUUAUUAUUUUAGUUUGUGAAAAUGUUCUCCAUUCAGUCGGUUGUAAAUAAAUCAAUAUUAUCCUUUAUUUUAACCAGAAAUGAAAAUUAGAAAUAAACUAUGAAUAUGUGUGAA